AUGCAGCACGCUUGGGAAUUCAUUCUUAUUUUGCACCUUCAUGUCAUCGUUUCUGAAGCCCAGCCUGCAUCCUCAAUGCCUCAUGAUGGAUGGUGGGCUUAUAAAGACGUCAUAGAAGGAAGUUUUAUUCCAGUUCCCUCUUUUUGGGGAUUGGUGAACUCUGCAUGGAAACUUUGCUCCGUUGGGAAAAGACAGUCACCGGUGAACAUCGAGACCCGCCGUUUGACUUUUGACCCCUUCCUUACCCCUCUGCGCAUCACAGGUGAAAGAAAGAUCAGUGGUGUGCUGUAUAAUACAGGACGUCAUGUGAUCCUGCGUGUGGAUGGCUCAAAGCAUGUGUGUGUGUCUGGCGGUCCCCUGAGUUACACGUACACAUUGCAGGAGAUCAGAUUGCAUUUCGGCAGUGAUGACACACACGGCUCGGAGCACCUGAUCAACGGGAAUGCCUUUCCUGGAGAGGUACAGUUAAUCCAUUAUAACCAGGAUUUAUAUUUAAACUACAGCGAAGCAGAGAAGAGUCCACACGGCAUCGCUAUUAUCUCUCUCUUCAUGAAGAUAUCAGACCCCACUAAUCCGUUUCUCCUUCGGAUGCUGAGUCGAGAAAUUAUCACUCAAAUAACGUAUAAACAUGAUUCAUAUGAACUUGCGGGAUUGGAUCUGGAGCAAUUGUAUCCUGAGACAUGGCGCUUUAUAACAUAUGAAGGUUCGCUGACGGUGCCACCGUGUCUUGAAACGGUCACGUGGAUCCUGAUGAAUAAACCCAUCUAUGUCUCGCAUAUUGAGCUGCAGUCUCUGCGUCUCCUCAGUCAAAAUGCAGCGUCUCAGAUCUUCCUCAGUUUAAGUGAUAACUAUCGGCCACAACAGAGCCUAAACCAGCGCUGCAUACACACCAAUAUCAACGUCAAUACGCACACACACCAGUGUGCUAAUACACUCAGGACACAUUACAGGGUGAACGAGUGGCUGCUGAAAUAA